AUGUCGUUGGUCGGCUUAAAGAAUGCCAUUGCGGCAGUGGUCUCUUCAACAGAUAAGACCCCCGAACAAGCAAAUUUGACCCAAUCCCACCAGACUCCAUAUGGCACUGCUGCCCCCGAUUUUCACCAAGACUUGGAACGUGCUGAAUCUCAAUUGGCCAAAAGUAAGGCUGAGUCUCAGGGUACUGGCUUUUUGAGCAAGUUUGAUCCGAGGGUCAUGUCAGACGUCAUCAUUGGGUUAUCUGAUGGCUUGACUGUUCCCUUUGCCUUGACGGCUGGCUUAUCUUCUCUUGGUGACUCUAAAUUGGUCAUCACCGGUGGUUUAGCUGAAUUGGUUUCUGGCUCCAUUUCCAUGGGUCUCGGUGGUUUCUUGGCCGCCAGAUCAGAAGCUGAAUACUACCUGGCCCAAGUAAAAUCGUGCAAACAAGAAUUCUUUCAAAACCCGGAUAUCUUGGCUGAAGAGAUCGGCGAUGUUUUGUUAGAAACCGGUGCCUCCCAGGGUACUAUCAACUCCUUCUUGAAGGACGUCCAGCACCAACCUUCCAAUAUGGUGGAUUUCGUUAUCCGCUUCGGUAAGGGGCUAGAGGAGCCGGCCGAAGGUCGUCAAUUAACCUCCGCUUUGACUAUCGGUAUCUCAUAUUUCUUGGGUGGCUUCAUUCCGUUGAUUCCGUACUUUUUUACCACGCUUGUUCACACUGGGUUGCUCAUUUCUGUCCUUAUCAUGGGUGUUACGUUGUUUAUUUUUGGCUACGUAAAGACUUCUAUUUCUUUGGACGGCUGUGGUAGAUGGAAGAAAGUCAACGAAGGGCUACAAAUGAUGCUUAUUGGUGGGUUUGCAGCAGGAAGUGCUUGGGCGUUGGUUAAAUGUAUAGAAUAA